UUUCAGGACAGUGGUGUGAUGGGAGGCGCUGCAUGCACGGGUUAUUUUGGUUGUCCAUUCACAUGUGAGAGGUGAGGUUGGGAUCAAUGGUUGAAAAUCUGCCUGUGCUCCAUCACUCCUGCGCUCAAGCUCCUCGACUCCUCUUCAAAGGUCACAUAGUGUAUUUCAGCCAUGUCUGAGGGACCGAAAAAGAAGAACAAAUCAGUGUCAAAGUACUCAGCAACACGCAGACUACUGCUAAAGAGUAAACUGCUGAAAAAGGCGGAAGGCCUGCUGGUGAAAGAGAAAGAGCUGAAGGAUUUAGAGAGAGAAAACACCCUGCGGGAGCGAGCACCACCACUGAACCUCUCCGGUCUGUCUGUUCAAGAGCUGCAGGAGCUUUGUAAAGAUUUGCACCACAAGAUUGAUGUUGUGGAUGAAGCGCGAUAUGACCUUAAUAUUAAAGUCACCAGAAAUGAUGCUGAGAUCCUGUCAUUAACCCAGAAGAUCUAUGAGCUGAAGGGCAAAAUGAAGCGUCCGAAUCUGCGACGGGUGAAGAAGUCAGCAGAGGCCAUGCUGGGAGCGUUAACAGACUCCAGAGUCUCCAAAGCAGACUUCAAAGCCAACCUCAAAACAGUGAAAAAAGAGGAGGAAAAGAAAGAAGAGGUCACAGACUGGAGGAAGAACGUGGAGGCGAUGUCUGGCAUGGAGGGCAGGAAGAAGCUUUUCGAUGCCGGACAGUAAACAGGGUGAAAACAAAAAACGAGAUGCAAGACUCGUGUCGUUUGUUUUGAACUGAAGUCACAGUCUGUUGUUGUUAAAGGGAUAGUUCACCCAAAAUUUGGAAGAAUGUUGGAAACCUGUAACCAUUGACUUUUAUAUUUGAUUUUCCUACUAUGGCAGUCAAUGGUUACCGGUUAAUGGUUAUGGUUACAUCCCAAGAAAAUCAAAAAAAUCAUCAACUGUUCUAAUUUUUAUCUGAUAUAUGACAUUUUUGUCCGCGAACAGAUGUGCUGGUGUUUUUAAAACAGUUGAAUUUUCAUAAACAUUAUCCAAAAAUGACAAAUUUGUCAUCGUUUUACUCACUCUUUCCUUAUUUUAAACCUUUCUUUUGUCUGUUAAGCACAAAGGAAGAUAUUUGGAAGAAUGUUGGAAACCUGUAGCCCAUGACUUAUAUAUGUUUUUCCUACUAUGGGAGUCAAUGGUUACAGGUUUUUUAGCUUUCUUCAAAAUAUCUUCUUUUGUGUGCAGCACAACUCACUCUUUACGUUUUUUCUUGUUCCAAACCGUAAUGAGUUUUUUUUUCCAUCUGUUAAACACAAAAAAAAAGAUAAUUUGAAGAAUGUUGAAAACCUGUAGCCAUUGACUUCCAUAUUUGUUUUUCCUAUUAUAAGAGUCAAUGGUUACUGGUUUUACAUUCUUCAAAAUAUUUUCUUUUAUGUUCAACAGAUGAAAAAAAAAACUUGUAAAGGUUUGAAAUGAGUAAAUGUGUGUACAUGAUGACAGAAUUGAGAUUUUUUGGGUAAACUGUCCUUUUAUUUGUGCAUUUGUUUUGAUUUGAUUUGCCUGUUUGGCUUGAACACAAUAUUAAAUUAUGAUUUGCUGCUUAUAUCAA